AUGACAUUACUGUGGAAAACCGAAGAAGAACGAUUCUACGGCUUAUUCAACGCAUUAAACAAUUCUGCUAAAUUAUUCAAGGCAUGGCUAUUCUUCAUCCCUGUUAUCUGUACCAGCGAUCCGGACUUGAUACAGAAAAUACUCACCAAUCCAGAGUGCGUACAGAAGCCACACUUUUACGACAUUUUGAAUUAUAAGUCCGGUUUAAUUGUUGCGCACAAUAUCAUGACAAGAUGCACAUUGGAGAUGGUUUGCGCUACCACUAUCGACUGUAACAUCAAUGAAGACCCGGAGGCAGAUAAAUUUUCCCAUUUGAUCGAUAAAGUUGCAGAAUUUAUAUUGAAUAGAUUUAAGAACCCCCUCCUUUGCGUGGAAUCUAUCUACCGAUUGACAAAACAGUAUAAACUGGAAGAAACAACACGGAUGGAACUUUCCAAGUUUGUUACCAAGGUAUUUCACAACACUAAAGCACAAAGAGCAAAACGGGAAACGUUCUCUGAAAAAGCUAAUGACGAAGAUUACCGGAAACCAAAAAUUUUCAUCGAUCAGCUGUUGGAUCUUUAUGACCAAAAGAUUUUUAAUGACAUUGAGGUAUUUGAUAAUGUCGUCACAAUGAUCGUUGCGGGCACUGACACGUCUGGCACGGUCAUGGGAUUCGUCUCACAUAUGCUCGCCAUAUAUCCACAUCUGCAGGAAAAAGUGUUCCAAGAAAUUAGUGAAGUCUUUCCGGCGAAUGAAAAUUUACACUUCACACCGGAAAAAUUAAACCAGUUGCAAUACACGGAAAUGUUUAUAAAAGAAACGCUUAGACAUUUUCCACUAGGCCCAAUCUUUGUGCGAGCACCAUUGAGUGAUAUUGAGCUGGAUGAAGUCCAGGUGCCGGCAGGCACAACACUCAUGAUUUGCAUUUAUAAUCUACAUUAUCGCCAAGACAUCUGGGGACCUGAGGCAGAAGAGUUUAAUCCGGAUAACUUUUCCCCCGAACGAACCGAAAACCGACACCCUUUUGCCUUUCUGCCAUUUAGCGGUGGCAUUCGAAAUUGUAUCGGUUACCGGUACGCCAUGAUUAGUAUGAAGGUAAUGAUGGUGCAUUUGUUAAAAAAUUUCAGAUUCAAAAGCGAUCUGAUGUCUCGCAAAGAUCUGCGGUUGAAAUAUAGUCUGCUGCUAAAAUUAUCCGAGGAACCAGGAAUAAAACUGGAACGUCGGCUAAAAGCAUGA